CGGCUCGGCGAGGCCGCCGGACGGCACUUCCGGGCGUCCCAGCGCUGGGCCCGACGGCGCCUGCGCGGUGCGAGGCCGGCCGGCCGGGACGGGGCGGGGCUGGUGAACUUCUGUGCCUCCUCGUCCCGGGACGCCGCGGGACACCGGGAGGGCGGCUGGCACCAUGAAGAUCUGGACUUCCGAGCACGUCUUUGACCACCCAUGGGAAAUGGUUACCACGGCUGCAAUGCAGAAAUACCCAAACCCCAUGAAUCCAAGCGUGGUUGGCGUUGACGUGUUGGACAGACAUGUCGAUCCCUCUGGAAAGCUGCACAGCCACAGGCUCCUCAGCACAGAGUGGGGCCUGCCUUCCAUUGUGAAGUCUCUCAUUGGUACAGCAAGGACGAAAACCUACGUGCAGGAGCAUUCUGUCGUUGACCCGGUAAGGAAGACCAUGGAGCUCAGGUCCGCCAACAUCUCAUUUACAAAUAUGGUCUCAGUCGACGAGAGGCUCACAUACAAGCCGCACCCCCAGCACCCAGAGAAAACUGUCCUGACCCAGGAAGCUAUCAUCACCGUGAAAGGGGUCAGCCUCAGCAGCUAUCUUGAAGGACUCAUGGCAAGCACCAUAUCGUCCAACGCUAACAAAGGCCGGGAAGCAAUGGAAUGGGUGAUCCAUAAACUGAACGCCGAGAUAGAAGAAUUGACAGCAUCAGCCAGAGGAAGCAUAAGGACCCCAAUGGCGGCCGCAGCAGCGUUGGUGGAAAAAUGACAAUGGAAAUUGGUGUGCAGCUGCAGGGCCCAGGACUCUUCAAGCUGACAUCAUAUUUAUUUGUUAUUUAAAAGAAUAUAGCUACUUUAGGUAGAUUUUAUUAUUUUUUUUUUUUAAUGAGCUGGGGAAAGGCUGUGACUUUUGAUCAAAACAAAAGAUGGAGAGGGUCUGAGUCAAAGUGAUCGCCUGAGGGGAAGGGAUGAGGGGCUGGCUGGAGUCUUGUGUUCACGUGGACAGUUAACAGGCUUGUUUGUUGUUGUUUAAGUGCUUAGAAGAAAUAGAUGUUGGUCUCAAGUCUCCUUAGGUAUAGAAUCUUAGCCUUUCAGGUACUGAAGCCCUGCGUGGCUGUGGACCAACCAGCACAAAGGCCGGCUGCCCUCGAGUGCACACAGUUGCCCGACGCGGUGAACUAGAACCUCCUGCAUGAGGAACUCACUUUAAAAAGAGACAUUGUGUAAUUUCAAAUGACAUUAAUUUGUAUAAAAUAACUUGCCCUGCUGGAAACCAGUGUUUGGAUUUGGUAUUUAAAUGAUAUUUUUGGAGUGAAAAUUAACACUAAGGUAAUAUGACUCCAGCAAAAAUGGUAUUUUAUUGUAUUAACGGGUACUGUAUUGAUUUGCCAAAGUUUUGUGACUUAGUAAAGGCAUUCCCUUCCUCGCA